AUGUAUGAUGAAGAGGCACUUGAGUCAAAAUUUACUGAUAAGGUUUUUGGUUGUGCCUUCAUCAUACUGAAUGUUAUAAUACUUGGUGUUUGGAUUUAUGUAAUGGCACUCUCAGAUGUCCAAAUACUUUUUAAUAAUUAUGACUGCAAUGGAAACAUUUGUGGCAGUGAAAGAAUACUGACGCCGUUUUCGUUCAUGCAAGCUAAUGUUUCUAGUCAGAAAUUUCUGCACCAUACUAAUUUUGCCAACAUGGAGUUCUCAAUAGCUGUCUGUGUUCAAAGGUGUCCAGAUAUUCUUAUUAACUCCUCCAGAGAGUUUGUGCGUUUCACAAAUAGUAGUGGAAUACUUCUUUGUGACCCGAGGGUUCCCCCAGAGCUUUACGAAUCUCAACCACGUGUCUUAAACGCAUCACUUUGUCCAACAUUACCAAUUUAUCCAACUAUACCUGUUGGUGGAGUUUGUAUACCAGUCAACUUUACAAAUCACAGUAGUUUUGAAAAUUUUCAAUUCAAUGCGGACUCAGAAUUUUCAUUAUCAUUAUAUCAGAUAAUUAUAUGUGGUUCAAUGACUUCAGUUCUCAGUCUAUUGAUUAUUGGAGUUGUACGUUUCGUGCCAGCUGGAUUUUCUACUUUUAUAUUUGGGUAUACAGUAUCUGCUUAUUCAUUAUUCAUGAUGUUUCUAGUUGUUCGUUUAUGGAUUCAUGUAAUGAGUUUAAAACAUGCUUAUUGGUGGAGAAGUGAUCUCUUUUCACAAAGUCAUCUUUUAAGUCAUUUAACAUUUCUACUUAUCCUGUUCAUUUGUUUAUUCAUUUUGGUAUUCAUCAUCUGCCUGAAUUCAUCACUGAGAAAUUCUAACAGCCAGUGGCAGAGUACAAUCCAGUUUAUUAUUGAAGCAUUAUUUGUCCUAUUAUCCGAUUGUAUAACUGAGCUCUUUGGAGCACUGUUUAUUAUACUAUUAAUGAUUAUCAUUGGCAAUGCAUUUCUAUGCUUUAUUUCUGUAUACAGUAUAUUACAUAUAUUCGCAAUGGUGGAACCAGUUCGCUUAAAAUUUACUGGAUGCCUCGAUUUUCGUCAAAUCGGUUGGAUUCAAUAUGGAGUUUUACCAGUUUAUUUAUUGUAUAGUCUAUGGAUAAUUCGAUUAUAUUCAAGUUUUUGUCAAGUGUUCACAACAAUUAUUGUAUCUAAUUGGUAUCGUUCAAGUGAAUCCACUUACAAACCAAAAUAG